GACGCUUGUUUUGAGUUGUCUCGAGGUCGUAAAGGAAGGGAUAUACAUCAUGCCGGUAAUCGACGUCCGGGAUGGACAUAGUUCCGGUGAGGAUGGGAACUCUCUUCCUGCCUUUAACGGCGGCGACCAGGCGGGAGAUUCGUCCAGAAGCGACAGGAAAGCGGAGAGACGUGACCCGGGACCCGGGGGCAAGGUUGGCUCUCCCGACACCUCCCACACGGGUACGUCCACGGGACUGACCCACAACCCUUCUCACAACGGUUUCUCCACACAAACAUCACGAGACACAGCACGCGCAGGACACAACAACCAGGACAGGGACCACGCUACAACAGACACCCCAGGGCAGGUAUCUGAUGCAGAUACGGGCACAACAAAGGACGCACCAACAGCAAAACGGAGACCAAGCCUACGAGAAAAAUUCACCGAGCUGAGACUAAAAGCAGAGGAGAAGAAGCUCAACAACCAUCAAGGAGAGGAUCACACAACAAAGGCAGACGAAGUGGGAAGUACAGACCACGAGGAGCCAAGCAGUAGUACCAACAAUAGCCCCACUUAUCCAGGUAAACUAGGUAACAGGUCAGCAGGGGGACGUACUAGGUGGAUAGGAUCACACCUGUACAGACCCAGAAGGCUCUCGUCGGAAUCUAAAAGCCAGGCUGAAGAAAUGGACACUUCAGACACACCUUCUGGCGACCAGCACGACAACACGUCCCCAGACAACGUUUCAGACAGCACUUCUGGUGUUAGCAGGAACAGCAGUAUCAGUAGUACUUCCAGUACCCUAAGCAGUGGCAGCAGUCGGCCCUUUAUAUUCACCUCAACAGAAGAAAGGCUGAGAGCACGGGAGGAACAAAGCAAGGAGGAACAGCUUAGAGCAUCUCCCAAACCAGCCACUAAAAGUGAUACAUCUGCAGGAAAGUCCACACCUGAAUCAAGUGUCCAGGAUUCGCCGAGUAAAGGUAGUAAGAUUAGAACAUAUUUACAAGCUGAAAGACAAAAGAUUGCUGAGGAGACCAACAUGCCUGAGAACAGUAGGGCAAGGAAUGUCUACAGUCCUGACACUACUCCUCUGUUUCAAACAUCUCCGAGGGUGUCACCAAGAGCUGCAGCAAGAAGCACUCCUCCGUUUCAACCAUCUCCCAGGCAGUCCCCACGAGCUGCUACAAGAAGCGGGAUUAGAACCCCUCUGUUUCAAACAUCGCCGAGGGAAUCUCCGCAAGCUGCGGCAAGUGGUGGGAUUCGAACCCCUCCAUUUCAAGGAUCUCCAAGGCAGUCCCCACGUGCUGCUACAAGAAGCGGGAUUAGAACCCCUCUGUUUCAGUCCUCUCCGAGGGAGUCCCCACAAGCUGCAGCAAGGGGUGGUUUUCAGACUCCUCCAUUUCAUGACUCACCAAGAGAGUCCCCACGAGCUGCUACCAGCAGCGGGACUCAGACUUUUCGCCAGACGUUACAAGAAGACCUUGAUGAUGGGGACGAUAUCAGGCCUAGAUACGGGUUUGCAGCAAGUCAGAACAGUACUUUUAGGGCAAGCAGUGCUGGAGCUAGAACGGGUAUGUUUGGGCAAAACUUCAGGCAAGGAGAUAGAGAAGAUACAAGCAGAACUGGGACUAGAACCAGUUUCUUUCGGCAAAACCUGAAAGAAGAUCUGGAUGAUGGGUACAGUAACACUGGGACUAGAACCAACGUCUUUCGUGAAACCUUGAAAGAGGAUCUUGAUGAUAGAGGCAGUAGUGGGACUAGAAGCAGUAACUUUCGUCGCACAUUUAAAGCAGAUAGCAGGCAAGGCUGGGGACCCUCAGCUACUGAGUUCUUGCAAAGCCUGUAUGAAAACCAGGAUGUUGGAAGUGACAGUGGAAGACCAAGUGGCUUUAAUCCUAAUGUACAAGAAGCUAGGGAUGACAGAGACAAUACUUUCAGUCCUAGAAAACAACAAAACCAAACACAAAAUGCUGGAGACAAUACCUUCAGUCCAAGAAAACAACAAAACCAAACACAAAAUGGAAAAUACAUCAACAAUCAGGAUCAAGAACCAGACUUUGAUUUCCCAGAGGAAUCCGAUGGACAGGUGAAUGUUGUUGGAAUGAACAACGGACUGUCCUACGCAGACUUAAAGCGGACAGAUGUUUUCGUCCAGCUAGCUCACACCUACCUAAAACACAGGCAGUUUGAGAAGGCAGUGGAGCCAUUGAGUAAGGCUAUAGAACUGUGCCCGACAUGUGCGAGUUACUAUAGCAACCGAGCUGCCUGUUACAUCAUGUUGGGGAAGUUCCGAGAAGGUUUGGAGGAUGCACGACAGACCACAAGAAUAGACCCCAACUUCCUCAAGGGUUACAUGAGGGAGGCAAAGUGUCUGUUGAUGUUAGGAGAUCCCAGCCAGGCUAUCAGUACGUACCAGAAGGUACUACAGCUGGACCCUAACAACCAGUCUGUGGCUGACGAGUUAAAGGUGGCUCAGUCAGUCCACCAUUUUGAGACCCAGGCUGAGGGUGAUAUGAAAAAGGGGGAUUUCAGAAGGGCUGUAUUCUGUCUGGACCGGGCACUUGACCACGCACCACAGUGUACCAAGUUCAAAAUCAAGAAGGCGGAAGCACUAGCUUUGUUAGGCAGGCACACAGAGGCACAUGAUGUAGUCAGUAACAUCCUCCACGUAGACAACAUGAACGUGGAUGCCAUGUAUGUGCGGGGACUGUGUCUCUACUAUCAGGACAACUUGGACAAGGCCUUUGCACACUUCCAACAAGUCCUCAGGUUAAGCCCUGACCACGAAAAAGCCAAAGUUGCAUUUAGGAAAGCUAAAAGCUUGCGAGCUAAAAAGGAGGAGGGGAACAGUGCCUUCAAGGCAGGACGGUACCAGGAAGCGUAUGAUCUGUACUCAGAAGCCUUAAGAAUAGACCCCCACAAUGUCUUCAUCAACUCCAAACUCUAUAACAACAGGGCUACUGUAGGGGCUAAGGUAAACAAGUUAGAUCAGGCUAUCCAAGACUGCACAGAAGCCAUCAAGCUAGACGAUAACUACCUGAAAGCAUAUCUACGGAGAGCAAAAUGCUACAUGGAUACAGAACAGUAUGAGGAAGCAGUCAGAGACUAUGAAAAAGUCUUCAACAUGGAGAGAACAAGGGAGCACAAACAGUUACUAAGCAAUGCAAAGUUAGAGUUGAAGAAGAGCAAGAGGAAAGACUAUUACAAGAUCCUCGGUGUCAGGAAAGACGCCUCGGAUGAUGAAAUCAAGAAGGCCUACAAGAAGAAGGCCUUGGAAACACAUCCAGAUCGCCACUCAAGUGCCACCCCAGAAGAGAAAGCGGAGCAGGAGAAGAAGUUCAAGGAGAUCGGCGAGGCGUACGCCACCCUCUCGGACUCCAAAAAGCGCGUACGGUACGACAACGGACAGGACAUUGACGACAUGGACAGUCCGUUCAGCCACGACUUUGACCCCAACACCAUCUUCCAAGCUUUCUUUGGAGGUGGUCACGGAGGUGGUGGUCAACACUUCAGUUUUGGAGGUCCUGGUGGCGGCAUGGGAGGCCCUGGCGGGAACCCCUUUGGGCCAGGCUUCACCUUCCAAUUUGGCUGAAGACUGCAGCGCUACAUACGCCCCCCACCCACACCUAAAGGCAGUCUUCCCUCUAUGCCCCAGCAAGUAGCCUCAAAUCAGGGCCCUUUAGGUUACUCUGCUGACCUCAUGAAUAGCAAACAAAAAAGUUUAACAGUUUGGCCUUUCACAUAGUCACAAAACAGAUGUACAGAAAAUUUUUCAACUGAAACAGAUCUCAAGAAGUAGCCUUCACAUAUCAUUAUACACUAAACACAAUCAUGCAAAUUUGAAGCAUAUAGUACAUGCAACAGUGAAUUCUGUCGUAGCCCUGCCAAAAGUCUCACAACCUAUACAUUGUAUGUGAAUGACAGGCUUUGAGGGAAUGGCUUGCAGAAAGUACAACUCAAAUGUGUAUAGCAUUGAUAAUUUUAGCAGUAAUUUUCUUCCUUUCCAAGCACCAAAGAAUAUAUUUGACCCAACAAACACUGCAGCAAAGGAAUCACAAAAACAAGAAAGCAACACUGUUAGAUGUUGCAGAGUCUCGAAGUCCAAAUGUUGACCACAGAAAAGUAGAAGGAAUACUGCACUUUAACACAUGUAGGAGUAGAUUUGCACCUAGUGCUUGGGGGAUAGUACAUUAGAUGUGUGUGGUGGAGGGGCAUUCUGGUGUGUUGUAGAGUGCCGUGGUGUGGGUGAAACUGUAAAGCUUUGUGCUCAGGACUGUUUCAUACUCAACCUACAACUUUCAAUAGACAAGUUUGAUAAAAGAAAUUCAUACAAUCAUGUACAUUUGUCAUCAGGUAGUUUGUAUUUUUGCGAAUCUUGAUUUAGUUAUGUUACAUAUUAUUGUGAUAUAUUUUGUAUAUGUCAAAGCCAAAAUUGUGUAAGUCAGAAACAUAUGCUGAAAAUGUUUUACCAUAGUAACCUAGCAAUUGAAACUAUGAACAAGACAGUCUUAUAUGUAGAUCUAUUAGAUACACGUCAAAAGGAGUGCCAUCAAGACUUCUUUAAGAUGUUUAGAGCAGUUCGGAGGUGCAAGGAGACUACCUGAUUAAGGAAAUCUAGAAAUGAUGUACAGUUGGUUUCUUAAGAUGAAUAAAAAUUCUUCACCAAAGUUUUCUUUUUAAUCUGAAAGAGAGAAAUACCUCUUGUUGAGUGAGAAUCAAUAAACACAAGCUUAUGAUCAUUCUGGCAAAGUUUCAUCUGUGUAGGUUUAGUGGGACUUGAACUAAUCAGGAAAAUUCAUCUGGCUAUGUACGUUGUAAGGCUCAAGACUCUUGGUGUGAUGCAGCGCUUCUCAGUAUCUAUUGCAUGGUACAUGCAGGUUUAAUGUUGCAACGUUGCAAAAUCUACUUUUAAUAUGGUUAUGCUGUGGAUGUGACUUGUAUACCAUUGGGACAUUUCUAUGCAGACUUGAAUUACAAAUUUUGUCGCAUACAGAUGUAAUAUUAUACUGUACCGUUGACUCGAAAAUGGCAUAAAUUAUUAUUAUUAUAGCUGAUACACUUUUGUGACAUACAUGUACAUGGUAAUUCCUGUAGUAAGCCACAAUCUUGGUUGAAUAUUAGAACUCACUCCUACUAAAUUUGACAUAUUAUUAUUUAAAUUUAACAUAUUAUUGUUAUUAAAUUAGACACAUGCAGUUAGGAAAUUUAUUUUUAAGACCUUGCUAGACUUUCCAUGCUUGUUUUGCAUAAAUGUUCAUUUAACAACUAAUGUUAAUCUCUAUAUACAUGUAGCAUAUCAUGUUCAUUGUUGGUGCAUCAUGUGCAUAUUGUACAUCAUGCUCAUAUUAUGUUUUAGAAUAAAAAGUGUCCUUUUGUGCUACUGUACAUUGUGCUGGCCAAGACAAAAUGAAUUAAAAUUCUUUUUCCCUUAACACU